UACAACACCAAGGGGGCAGAAAGGGCGCUCCAUACGUUAGCAUAUAUUACAUAUGCGUUUUUAUGUUGGUAAACAUUUUAUUCACCUUCAGUCGCGUUGUUGUGGUGUAUAAACGUGAGAUAUGAGUUUAAAGUUGUUUAUCAUUGGAUUAUAUUGUGGAUUUAUCGUCUGCAACAGUGACUUUGACAAGAUUGUAGACGACUUCUGGGAAUGGCGACUAAAGAACAAUCCUGCAUUUGCCUCCAAUGUUGGGGACCAAAGAUAUACGGACCAACUUGAAGAUUACAGUCUUGAAGCCUUUGAAGGCAGAAAAAAUGAUAUGGACUUAUUUUUGGAGCGUUUGUCCGCCAUAAAACCUGAAACUUUGUCGGUCCCUGAACGAAUCAGUUACGCUGUGCUGAAGGACACGAUUCAAACUUGGGUAGAUGGAUACAAAUGGAAAAAUUACGGACCAAUGAAUCCUAUUAGUUUCUUAGAGGGAAUACAAACGUCUUACGGCAAUGCUGCAGGCCAGGUGAAAUUCGAAAAUGCGACUAGUUUCAUAAAAUUUGCGACAAGGAUUCGCGGAUUCGGAAUUCAGAUUGAGCAGAUAAUAAAGAGGAUGGAGGUGGCAAUACGAGAGAAAACAACCUUAAGUUUAGAGUCUGUUGAAAAGGUACCGGCCGGCCUGAUGGACAUAUGGGAGAAAUAUAACAAUAACGUCACAGCAUUUGCCAUGUAUGAGCCGUUUACGGACAAGUUAAACGGACUAGUUACUGACGAGAACCAAAAAAGCGAAAUAAGGGAAACUGCGACCACGAACGUGCAGUUCUUACUUAGAAAAAUAAAGGAAUUGGCGGAUUUUAUGGAAAAUACAUACAAACCAAACACUCGAGCUACGUUCGGUGUUGGAGGUUUACCUAGGGGAGAAGAAUACUACCAGGCAUGUCUGAAAUGGCAACUCUCGGUAGAUCUCACCGCCGACGAGAUUCACGAAGCAGGAAUCAGAGAGGUCAAUCGAGUGUAUAAAGAAUUACAGAAGAUCGUUGAAAGAGCCAAUUUUCAGGGUACAGUAGAAGAGUAUAACAACCAUCUGAGGAAAAACGACAGUUUAUUUAUUGCUGACGGUGAUGAGGCCAUUCAGAAGUUUCAAGAAUUGUAUGAUCAGCGGAUUAAACCAAAACUUGAUAGAAUGUUUAAAGAUAUACCUGAUGUUCCAUUAGUCAUAAAGCCGAUGACAUACGAUGGACCAAAUGGUAUUUACAAGAAUGGCGCACCAGAUGGUUCCAGGCCGGGAGUUUUCUAUGCAAAUGUUAUGUCGAAAGUGCCCACAUUUGACAUGGCAGCCCUGAUGUUACACGAGACGGACCCGGGACACCAUCUGCAGGACUCGUAUGCUCUCACUGCUGAAGGUAUUCCAAUGUUUAGGAAAGCCACGGAUUUCUCAAAGUACUUCGCAGUGCCUCUUCAUUUUCCUUUCUAUACGGCAUAUUCGGAGGGUUGGGGAUUGUACUCUGAAGAUCUAGGGGAAGAACUGGAUAUUUUUGAAAACGACCUGGAAAGGUUUGGCAAAUUUGGUUUGGAAAUAUUCCGUGCUGCACGCCUGGUGGUGGAUACUGGAAUACAUGCAAAAGGAUGGUCACGUGAUAAAGCUAUUGAGUACAUGAGAAAUUACACGGCAUAUACACCUGAAUUUAUUGCACGAGAAAUUGAUCGUUAUUCCACGUGGCCGGCGCAAGCUACUUCGUACAUGAUCGGAAAGCUGAAGAUUCGGGAGUUACGGGAUAUGGCGGCCGGAAGUCUAUGUAAAUACUUCGAUAUCAAGCAAUUCCACAGCAUUUUACUGAGCAAUGGUGCUAUGCCCCUAAGCGUUGUAGAAGACCUCGUGAACGAAUGGAUUAAACACGUCAGAGGGCGACAAAAUGACGUCGACCAGGGAUGUUUGAAUCAAAUUGUCGAUGAAUUCUGGGAAUGGAGAAUGAAGAAUAAUCCAGAGUUUGCUAGUAAUAUUGGAGACCAUAGAUACACGGACAAAGUGGAGGACUAUAGCCUAGAAGCUUUUGAAAUGAGAAAGAACGACAUGGAUAUGUUCCUGAAACGUCUAGGUUACGUGAAGAGAGACCAGCUGGCGUCAAGUGACGCCGUGACGUUUGAUGUUUUGAAGGACACGAUUCAAACAUGGGUGGAUGGAUACAAAUGGAGAUUUUAUGGACCAAUGAACCCGGUUAAUAUACUUGAAGGGAUUCAAACAAAUUACGGCUCUAGGGCAGGACAAGUUAGAUUUGAAAAGGAAGACGACUUUAGAAUGUUCGCUAAGAGAAUACGCAGCUAUGGUGUACAGAUUGGACAAAUAAUCACACGAAUGGACAAAGCAGUAAACAUGCGGACCACCAAUCAUAACGUUUCAAUAGCAAAGGUGCCAGCACUGAUGGAGAAUAUGCGAGCAAUGUAUGUUAAUAAUGAGACAGCUUUCCCGAUGUACGAACCGUUUAAGGACAAGAUGGAUGACCUGGUUUCAAAUGCUACAACGAAAACUACUAUUCGAGAUGUUGCUGUAACCAAUAUCAAGUUUCUUCUAGAGCAAGUAAAGCAACUUGCAGCGUUUAUAAAAAAUACUUACAUUCCAAAUACGCGGUCAUCAUUCGGAGUGGGCGGUCUUCCACAGGGGGCGGAGUAUUACAAGGCGUGUUUAAAAUGGCAACUUUCCAUAGACCUAUCAACCGAUGAGAUACACAGAAUGGGAAUAAGAGAAGUUCAAAGAGUUCAUUCUGAAAUUCAAAAGAUAAUGAAGAGGGCAAACUUCAAAGGAACAGUGAAAGAGUACAACGAACAUCUACGUAAAAACGAUAGUUUAUUUAUCACGGAUGGUGAUGUAGCUUUGCAGAUGUUCAAAGAUUACUACAAUAAAACUAUUGUGCCAAAGUUGGAUACAAUGUUCGAAAAUAUACCAGAUUUUCCUUUAAAGAUUGAAAAGAUGACAUACAAUGGUCCAAAUGGUAUUUAUAAAAAUGGAGCCCCGGAUGGAUCACGGCCGGGCAUUUUCCUAGCAAAUGUUAAUUCAAAAGUACCGAAAUUCGACAUGGCCGCCUUAUUGCUACACGAAACUGAUCCUGGUCACCAUUUACAGGAUUCUUAUGCAUUAACUGCCCAGGGAAUACCAUUGUUCAGAAAAGUCACAGAUUUCUCAAAAUAUUUCGGAGUUCCCCUGCAUUUUCCUUUCUAUACUGCAUAUUCCGAGGGUUGGGGACUUUACUCAGAAGAUUUAGGCGAGGAUAUGGAGAUAUAUAAAGACGAUAUGGAUAAGUUUGGUAAAUAUGGACUAGAAAUAUUCCGUGCCGCUCGGCUUGUUGUCGACACCGGUAUCCAUGCUAAAGACUGGCCACGUGAACGUGCCAUACAGUACAUGAAAACUUAUACAGCAUAUACACCGGAAUUUAUUGAGCGGGAAAUUGAUCGUUAUUCAACAUGGCCGGCACAAUCGACUACAUAUAUGAUUGGCAAGUUAAAGAUCAGAGAACUCCGAGAUAAUGCAAAAGAACGUCUGUGUAACUUUGAAAAAGACGAAUUAAUUAAACCAUUCCACAGUGUAAUACUAAGCAACGGAGCUAUGCCUCUAAGUGUUUUACAAGACGAAAUAAAGAAUUGGAUAGAAAUGGAAGCGGUGAAAAACGCGAGAGCGGGAACUUGCAAGGAGACCAGUGGUGCUGAUAGCUUCAACAACGUGCACUCUGUCCUACUUUUUACAUGCACUUUAAUUGGUUUAUUAUGCAGAAAUCAUGUUUAAUCAUAGACAGAGGAAUUGUUACCUCAAAAAUCAUUCGUUCAGCAUUAAAGUUUCUGUUUGAAAGAUCUGAAUUUAUAUAAAAUAAUCUUAAAAUUGUGUUGUUUUUUUUCAGUGUUAAAAGUCAAUUACAGUUUAAUAACUUUUUUUUACCUGUAGAGUAAUCAAAAUUGCUGACAACUUUUUAAUGUUGUACAUUCUUGUUAUAAAUAUACGCUCAUGUUUAUAAUUUUUAAAGGAACUCCACCGAGGGCCAAAAGCCAAAAAGCAUAAAAUAUGACAUUUAAGACAGAUCAACUGGGUUACUUGUAAAAAGUCAAAUGAUAAGGAAUACACUCACUAAAUAAUCAAAUAAAAAAUAUUUUGUUUUUCUGAGAUUCUGAUAGCGAUAAGAGUUAAAUUCGUUUAUAAGGUUUAUUUUUUUUUAUUUUUGGGUCUUUUUGCACAAUAAAUUUAAUUAUUCUAGACACAAAGGAAUUAGCGAAUGAUCUGAAAUUUAUGCACAUACGUGAUUUGUCUAGACCUACACAAAUUUUGAAAAAAAAAUCAAAUCCUAUUAAGUAAAAACAACAACAACAACAAAACUAAAAACAAAAACACCUCAGUGGAGUCCCUUUAACAAUUCAUUUCACUAAUUCUUACCUUUAGUUAGAUCUAUUUCUUCCAAUAUCUUAGUUACACUUAUAUACAAAAGAUAGCAUUUACAUUUAUACAGUUAGGGUAGUUUAAGACAAUCAUGUUUUACGUUGAAAUUAUGAAAUAACUUGAUAUAUGUCUAUCAUUAUUCGUACCAAAGUUACGGUGUUCUGUUUUGGUCAGUUAAAUGUCCUAUGUUGAUAUGCAAGAUGUUGAUUAAGUCAUUUGUGAUGUGCCGUUCUUUUUAAAAGGAAUUUCAUGAAGUAGCGAUAUUUAUUAUUCUUGCGGAACAACUAUAGUUUGAUUUAACGUUUGACAUAAAUUUAUUCCUCGCUAGUUUCAACUUUAUUCCUUACAAACUUUAACUUAAAUCCCCCCAAACUUCAACUUUAAUCCUCGCGAGUUUCAACUUUAAUCCUCACAAACUCCAACUUUAAUCCUCUCGAGCUUCAACUUUAAUCCUCACAAACUCCAACUUUAAUCCUCGCGAGUUUCAACUUUAAUCCUCACAAACUCCAACUUUAAUCCUCGCGAGUUUCAACUUUAAUCCUCACAAACUCCAACUUUAAUCCUCGCGAGUUUCAACUUUAAUCCUCACAAACUCCAACUUUAAUCCUCUCGAGCUUCAACUUUAAUCCUCACAAACUCCAACUUUAAUCCUCGCGAGUUUCAACUUUAAUCCUCACAAACUCCAACUUUAAUCCUCACAAACUCCAACUUUAAUCCUCGCGAGUUUCAACUUUAAUCCUCACAAACUCCAACUUUAAUCCUCGCGAGUUUUCACUUUAAUCCUCACAAACUCCAACUUUAAUCCUCGCGAGUUUCAACUUUAAUCCUCACAAACUCCAACUUUAAUCCUCGCGAGUUUCAACUUUUAUCCUCACAAACUCCAAUUUUAAACAUUACUCUGAUUAAAACCUUUGCGAUGAUUCAUUCUAAUUCUCGUAUGUUGCUUUAGCAGAACUCCGGCUUUGAUCUCCGGUAAUGGAAAGAAUUAUAGUUUCCAAAAAGUCGAUAUAGACAUGCGGCUAUUAUUAAAUGUCCAAAACAGGGCACCGUACAUCGAGCUCAUAUAAUCUCAAAGAGAAAGUUUAUGAAAUGUAAAAGGCUUGGACAAUAUACACUUACUAUGUAAAAAGUGUUUCAAUAAGAGCUACUGCAUUUCCAUGCGCAGGAACUUAAACUUAUGGAUUUACUUAAAAUCUUUUUCAUUCCAAAAGUGUCAAUAACUCCAUAUUAAUGUAAUUGAUUAAUAGAACUUGAGAAUGAAACCAAAUGAAAUACAUUAUUUAUAAUCAAUCAAAACGUAAAAGAGAGGUUUAAUACUCGUGGUGUCUUUAUUAACACUCAUUAGAAUAAUAUUAUCAUAAAACAUAAUUGUGUUUAUAAUAUCUAAAGCAUCAUUUUUGUACAACUAACAGAAACUGGAAAUGUGUAAUGACAAAUAUUCAGAGUUAUAAAGGUUUAGAAUAUGUA